UCAUUGUCCAUCUUUUAUACCCUAUAAUCUUCAAAAGCACCAUUUUCUCAAUCCAAUUUUAGAACAACAACCAACCAAAAAAACAGAGCUAAAAACUAGAAUUAUUUGCUCAAAAAUGGUUCCUUUGGUGAUCCAGAGCAUGCAAUACUGGCUAUCGGAGCACCCCAAAAUGGUCACAUUCCGGUGGAACACCCAAUUAUGGGGCUCCACCUGGCUCUUCCUCCUCACCUCCAUCUCCUUCUACAUCACCGCCGCCGUCACCCUCCACCACCUCCUCCUCCCUCUCUUCCUCAGGCGCCGCAGCCGUCCCGUCCCACUCGGCCCCAUCCCCGCCCUCCACAGCCUCGCCAUGACCCUCAUCUCCGCCGCCAUCUUCGCCGGCACCCUCUCCUCCGUCGCCGCCGAGAUCCGAGACACCCGGUGGCUCUGGCAGCGCUCCAAGACCCCAUUUCAGUGGCUCCUUUGCUUCCCACUCGGCACGCGCUCCUCCGGCCGGGUCUUCUUCUGGUCAUACGUCUUCUACCUCUCUCGCUUCCUCCUCCCACUCCGCACAUUCUUCGUCAUCCUACGACGUCGUACGCUCCCACAUAUCCAGCUCUUCUACGACUCGAUCUUCAUCUGUAUGUCUUUUCUCUGGCUUGAAUUCUCUCAGUCUUUCCAAGUGUUCACCAUUCUCUGUGUGAGUCUCAUGUAUUCCAUGGUCUUCGGGUACGGAUUCUGGGCCGAACUCGGGUUCCCGGGUCCGACCUAUCCGGGCAUUGUGAUCCAUUGUCAGAUGUUUUUGUUGGGUUGCAAUUUGGUUUUUCAUGUUGGGGCUAUUUUGUUGCAUUUCUUUAAAGGUGGGUGUAAUGGAAUUGGGGUUGGGUUUGUCAACUUUGUGCUUAAUGCUGUUACUUUCUUCAUGUUCUUCAAGUUCUAUGUCAAGAUGCAUUUGCCUAUCAGAAUGGAUGUCACUUCAAAGCCUAAAUCUUCUUCGGAGACAAAAGAUGAGUUUGCUAAUGGCAAAGACAAGGAUGAUUGACGAGGGAAAGAUGUUCGGUGUGCCAGACAUUAUAUUAUUGGUAUACCAUUCUUGAUGAAAAUGUCUCAAAUGACAUUAAUUUUUAUACAAUUUUAUUUCUUUAUUUUUUCUUAAAAAAUUCAAGCAAACUGUUAACACUCACAACAUUGACAUUAUUAAAAGUUUGUACAUGUUUUUGGUGUUUUUAAUUAAACAAGUGUAUUUGUUUUUAUGGGGAACAAUUUGAAUCCUUGGGAAGGUUUUGUGUUCUUGCAAGACUACUAUUACGUCAUCAUGUUCGUCAGGCUGAAUUCCUAUUCCCCGUUUGGACCGACAAAAGGAAUUCAACUUGUACAAGUUAUUAAUAGUCUGCAUCAGCAAAGAAGCUUUUUUUAUCUUUCAACCUUGGCAGCUUUAGAAGCUUCCGUGCACUUCAUCAUAGAACUUUAAACC